AUGGCCCUCCUGCUUUCUCUGCUGACCACCCUGAUGCUGUGCUGCUCUGGACUUGCUGGCUGUCUGGGCUGUCACUUGCCCCGGAAUUCUGUUUCACUUAGCAGGAAGACUUUUGUGCUCCUGGGACAGAUGAGAAAAAUGCCCCCAUUUUUGUGUCUGAAGGACAGAAGAAACUUUCUAUUUCCCCAGAAGAUGAUGACUAGCGACAAGUUACAGAAGGCCCAGAGCGUGUCUGUCCUGAAGGGGACUUUACAGCAAAUUCUCAUUCUCUUCAACACAGAGCUCGCUUCUGCUGCUUGGAAUACAACUGUCUUGGACAAGCUUCGCAUUGUGCUCCAUCAGCAGCUGGAAGUCACGAAGACCUGCAUGGUGCUUGUAAAGGGAGAAGAAAAAUCUGUCCUGGAAAUCGAGAACACUAUCUUGGCCUUGCGGAGGUAUUUCCUGGGCAUCCGCCUCUACUUGGAAGAGAAGAAAUACAGUGACUGUGCUUGGGAAAUUGUCAGGGUAGAAAUCAUGAGAGCUUUCUCUUCCUCAGCAAAGUUGCAAGAGAGGAUAAGAAGGAAAGAUGGGUCUGUGGAGAGAGCGCAGUGGGCUAAGUGCCUUUAUUUGCAGCAUGUCUUCCACCUGUUCAGCACAGGGAACAACCCUGUUGGCCAGGAUGAGCUGGCUCCUGAUAAACUCUUUGCCAAGCUUACUUAG